AUGAAACUAUGGCCCACUAAUCCUCUCCGCUCUCCACUGUCGUGCCACGUGUCCUGCACAGUGUGCGAGCGAGAUAUUGCAACACUAGUUUACUUAUCGUUACUUGACUCUGGCUUGUAUACUGACUUCUGGAAUUCGCUCAAUCGACAACUUGGCUUUGAUAUACGAUCUUGGGUACAUCACUCUAGGAUUGAAAUUUUAUCACCAGUGCUGCUUCUAAACGAAAGGAAACCAUUAUCAAGAUUAAUUUUUAAUAUAAAUUAA